AUGUCCGCGAAACAGCGACCUAAGCAGAAAGAAACUACCGCUGGUCAAAUCAACUCUUCCGCCACGUUGGACAAAGGAGGCUCUGGGAGAUUAGGCAAGUUUCUCUCCCAGGAAUUGGUUGACAAAUCAGCUGUUGCACAGACUAACGGGGAUUUCGAGGAAGAUGACGAUGGCUUUGUUUUCAAAAGGGCGUCUCAGCAGCAAGUGCAAAAAAAGGUCCCGGGUAAACGUGGACGCCCCCCCGGGUCGAAGAAUAAGCCAAAGCCUGCUGUGAAAAAGGAACCUCAAAAAAGACGAAAAGUCACUCGAAACGCACCGGAGCCCAAACCUCCCAAGACAAGCCUUCUGGAUGAGCUCGAACAGGAAUCUAUAGAAGAGUCUGAAGAAGAGGAUAAUGUGUUUUCCAUGGAUUCUUCUUUCCAACAACCAAAAGUCGCAAAGAAAUCAAACCUUAUUCCGAAGAGCAAGACAUCAGAAAAACGCACGCGUAAGCCACGAAACACCAAACUACCCGCAAAGCAGCACGAAGCUGAGGUGCAACCUGAGAUAGCAACUGUCCCCGAUUUGAUACCCGAAGAUCCCGAACCUGUUCUCCCAAAACAGUCUACUCUCUCUAAAAUUUUAUCUCAGGCGCGAACCAAGGAAGUCAAACAGGAAUACGAGGUCAAGAAACGCAGAUCAUCGCUUAGCAAUAGAGGCAAGCGAUUAUCGUCAGUUGGUAAUGGUUUCAUUGCCGAGCCUGACCGUGAAAUACCUGUUGAGGAACUAUAUAAACAUGUGUCACAAGACCUACCCGAUCCGCACAAGAUGAGACAGUUGAUGGUUUGGUGCGCCAAAAGAGGAGCAAGUAAAGCCCCCAAAAAAAAGAUUAGCACUGCAGAGAGCAUAGCUAAUGUGAUAGAAGAUGAAAUUAUCAGAGACCUAGCCGAUGGGAAAAUAAAUACCAGUUGGUGGCUGGCAGAAGACGAUGACAACGAAGUCGACCACGGCAGUAAUGCAAACCUUAAUAAGCCAAUCAUCGUUCUGCCCAACAAGGCCAAUCAAGAAAACAUGCACACGCUUGAGCUAUAUGAGAAAAAGCUUGCAGAACUUAAUAAAGAAGAAGCCCGGUGGAAGGAAAUCAGGAAAACAGCAAUACUGCCCAAAAUUCAGGUCGAUGCACAACUGCAAGAUAAUGGUCUGAUACAAGAAAAGCUGGGCGAGAUCGUGAACCACUUACAGUCAUUGGAGUCUUACAAAGCACGACUGGACAAACUUCGCUUACUGCGCGUUCUGGAAAAUCUCAAACUAAUGGUGCAUAAACUAAAGCAAUCUAAAAAUGCAGUCAACGCAUUGACUGAAGCUAAAAUCCGUGAGAUAUCGCGCAAAAUGACUCAACUGAUUGAUCACGAUAACGAUGGGAAUAAAGUCUCGUCGCUGGAUCUGCUCAAAGGGUUUUCUGAGCUGGGGUAA